AUGAGUGAACAAGCGGAAAACAAGCCCGUGAGGGUCUGGUGCGACGGGUGUUUUGACAUGGUGCACUUUGGUCACGCAAACUCUCUACGACAAGCCAAAGCGUUGGGACAUUAUCUAGUCGUGGGCAUACACACCGAUGACGAAAUCACCAAGCACAAAGGUCCACCAGUUUUCACAGAAAAAGAGAGGUCCAAAAUGGUGAGAGCCAUAAAAUGGGUUGAUGAAGUAGUAGAAGGUGCUCCUUACGUUACAAAUCUCGAAACUUUGGAUCAACAUAAUUGUGACUUUUGUGUUCAUGGAGAUGAUAUAACAGUUACAGCAGAUGGAGUUGAUACUUAUCAUCUUGUUAAAAAAGCGAACAGAUAUAAGGAAGUGAAACGAACUGAAGGAAUUUCAACUACAGAUGUAGUUAGCCGUAUGUUGUUAAUGACAAGACAACAUUUUUACAAGGGUGAUAAAGAAUAUGAAGUGGAGAAAGAGCAUUCCUCAGUGAUGGGUCAAGACAAGGCUGCUAGAAGUCCAUGGACCGGAUGUUCACAAUUUUUACCUACUACCAAUAAAAUAAUUCAAUUCAGUGAAGGCAUCGAACCUAAGCCCACUGAUAGAGUAGUAUACGUUGCUGGUGCUUUCGAUAUAUUUCACGUUGGUCACUUGGAUUUUUUAGAAAAAGCCCAUCAGCAUGGUAAUUUUCUUAUUGUUGGGUUGCACACGGAUCCAGUGGUUAACCAAUACAAAGGCUUGAAUUACCCAAUUAUGAAUUUACAUGAACGAGUCUUGAGUGUUCUUGCCUGCAAAUAUGUAUCUGAAGUUGUUAUUGGAGCGCCUUACAGUGUAACGGCUGAUUUAAUGAAACAUUUUCAUGUUGAUGUUGUGUGUCAUGGUACAACACCUGUUAAAAUGGACAUAAACGGUGAAGACCCAUAUGCGCUUCCAAAAUCGAUGAAUAAAUUUGUGAUAGUUGAUUCAGAAAAUAACAUGACAACAGAAAAGAUUGUCGAGCGUAUUAUAAUUCAUAGACUCGAGUUUGAAGCUAGGAAUAUCAAAAAAGAAGCUAAGGAGCUGGCAAUCAUCAAACAAAUGGAAGACCAGUUAGAAAAAAUAAAAGUGGGAUCAUGCUAG